GGCUCAUCUUGAACAAGCCUUGUGGAAUUCACGAGAGCUACAUUCAUAAUUGACAUGCCGUUCAACCAAUCAUUGUAGUUUUAAGACUGCCAUUUAUGGUUGUUUUUAAUCUUUCUAAAAGUAAACGUCCAAUUGCAAAGCGCAGUGGGAGGGACGUUAUUUAAAACAAACGGAUCAGCAGUUUCAACUAGUUGCUGUCAUAUUCCCAGCGGCCGGAACAACCAAUUAGAAUGCUAGAAUCAAGUGCAAUGUGAACGUCUUUGUCGACUACUCCAAUCACACGCGCGACACAGUCAAGAUUAGUUUCAGUGCACGAACAGAGGAACUACGGCCGUCACUUAUAAAAGUCAUCCCGCAACAUGGGAAAGAAGAGUCGAGUGAAGAUCCAGAAGUCGGGCUCAGGAUCCAGUGCCCUGGUUUCCCCCAAGGAGAUAAUGAACCUCAUCUCUGAACUCUUGCAGAAAUGCAGUAGUGCAGCACCCUCUGCUGGUAAAGAGUGGGAGGAGUACAUCGAAAUCAGAGGCUUGGUAGAUAAGGUUCGCAAGAAACAGAAAGAUGUGUGUGUACACAUGUACAUGUGCAUGUGUUUAGGUAUGUCUGUAGUGUUUGAGGGCAGCAGAGAGGACUAUUUCCCAGACCUGAUGUCCUGGGCUCAGGAAAAUGGUGCAUCCUGUGACAGCUUUACAGUGACCAACUUUGGAUCUGAGGGCUACGGCCUGCAGGCCACCAGAGAAAUUAAGGCAGAGGAGCUGUUCCUAUGGAUUCCCAGAAAGAUGCUAAUGACGGUGGAGUCGGCCCAGAACUCUGUACUGGGUCCUCUGUACAGCCAGGACAGGAUCCUACAAGCCAUGGGCAACGUGACUCUGGCCUUUCACCUGCUGUGUGAGCGAGCCAACCCUGUUUCAUUCUGGUUGCCGUACAUCCGCAGUCUACCUCAGGAGUACGACACACCGCUGUUCUACCAGCAGGAGGAGGUGCAGUUGCUUCUGGGCACGCAGGCAAUGCAGGAUGUUCUGAACCAAUAUAAAAACACUGCACGCCAAUACGCUUACUUCUACAAACUCAUACAGACUCAUCCAGCAGCCAGCAAGCUGCCCCUGAAGGACAGCUUCACAUUUGAUGAUUACAGGUGGGCAGUUUCCUCUGUGAUGACCCGUCAGAACCAGAUCCCUACUGAGGAUGGCAGCCAGGUCACUCUAGCCCUUAUCCCUGUUUGGGACAUGUGUAACCACACCAAUGGACUGAUCACCACUGGCUACAACCUGGAGGAUGAUCGCUGUGAAUGUGUGGCAAUGCAGGACUACAAGGAAAAUGAACAGAUCUACAUCUUCUAUGGCACAAGAUCUAAUGCUGAGUUUGUCAUCCACAAUGGCUUCUUCUACCAAGACAAUGUCCAUGACAGAGUGAAGAUCAAGCUGGGCGUCAGUAAAAGCGAACGCCUUUAUGCCAUGAAGGCCGAAUUACUAGCACGAGCCGGCAUCCCAGUGUCCUGUAUUUUUGCUCUGCACUGUAAUGAACCACCCAUUUCAGCCCAGCUUCUAGCUUUCCUCAGAGUGUUCUGCAUGACAGAGGAGGAACUUAAGGAUUACCUGCUUGGAGAUUGUGCUAUCAAUAAGAUCUUCACCCUGGGCAAUAGCGAAUUCCCUGUCAGCUGGGAGAAUGAGAUUAAGUUGUGGACUUUUCUCGAGACCCGGGCGGCUCUGCUGCUCAAGAGCUACAAGACAACAUCAGAGGAUGACUGCUCCAUGCUUGAGAAACCUGAUCUAUCUCUCCAUUCUCGUGUGGUGAUCCAGCUCCGCCUGGCCGAGAAGCAGAUACUGGAAAAGGCAUUGACCAGUGGACAGGCCAAGCGCUUGCACUUCCAGAAAAGCCUGGAGGAGGGUGCUCCGUUGCCUCGCUACAAAGAAAGCGAUAUCACCUUGUCAGAGAAUGCAGACACAGAUACUAAGCUUCCUAUUAUCCUACGCCAGCUGGAGGAGGUUGAAGAAAGCCAGGAAAUCCAGGUGGAGGAGCACAGUCACCUCCUUAAUGGUGAAAGGGCUGCAUAUGGAACGGAUAUGGAAGCUAAUGGACAGUCAGUGCAAGAGGAAAGUCAGGAGAAGGUCAGGAAAAAUGUUAAUUCAGCUUUGGACAUGAUUGGAAUUUCAGCCCAAAAUGGCCAGAGGGAAAUGGCCAUUCUCAGUGCCAGUCAAUUUGAGGAUAAUCCCAAAGAGAACAGGGAAAAAGUAUAAUUCCCUUAAUGCCACAGCCCAUGCUAUUUAUUUAUAUUUGUGUCUUUUAAAAGACUCAGAAAUGUAGAAGCUGAAAAAAAUUUGAUUCAACAAUGCAGAAUGUUUGUGACUGUAUGUUCACCCAGCAUUCUUAGUUGCCCUCUGCUGGAUAUGUAUAAAAAUGCUGCCAAUGUGUCUGUAACUCUUUUGUGCAGAAUGGUAUUUGAAUAAAAUUAGCUUUUAAGAUUGAAA